GUUGAAUCCGGAGGUGCUGUUGAAUUCGGCACGACGCAGACGGGACGACGAGCAUUUGUCACAGUUGCUGCGUUACGAGCGCAGUGUGCACGCUCUGAUGGACGCGGCCGAUUUGGACGGUGCCGACGAUUUGCUCUCGUUCGAUAACGUUUACUACCGCAUCGAACCGGCUGCCGACAUCCUCAGAGUGCAACCGCCUGCAGUGGGAGCUCAGGCUGGCGUGUUUGAGGCGGCCAGAGCAAGAGCAGCAUUCUUUGAUCAGGUCGGAGCCGGAGCUCGUGAGGGUGGUGGAGCUCGCGAAGCCGGAGCUGGUCAGGGUGGAGCCGGAGUCGGAGCUCGUGAAGGAGCCGCAGCCCAACAACAGCCGCAACAGGAGGCGCAAGCUGAGCAGGUGCAAGUGGAGGGGGCGGAGCAUGCAGGCGGAGCGGCGCGGUCGCGUUCGGCGUCAAAACCACCUGAACGCGGUGAGCGCGGUGGUGGUGGCGAUGAGCCAGCAGCGGAUGGUGCAGGGACAUCCGGCCAAAAUGGUCAAGCGGGCGUGUCAGCGAGCGGCCGGCAAGAAGGCGGGACGUCGGGAAAGGAGGCGGCGGGCGACGGGGGCAAAAAUGGCGAAGGGGGACAGGCGGGGGCGGGCGCGAAGCGGUCGCCGAGUAUACCGUUCACAAAGUUACGCGUUUGGAUCGGGAAUAGCGGCGUGACAGAGUGCUACGAGCAGAGACAUCCGCUGUUGAUCGUGGACAACGGGGAGGCGGAGUUUGGCGAUUAUCCAGCAUCCGUGUUCGAG